AUGAGAGAUAACUAUAUUGGGCUGCUAAAUAAGAAAAAUUAUGAGGUUCGGUUAAAUGAAGAAGAUGGGCGCAAUCUUAGACCAAACUCGGCCGUUAGCCUUUUAGAUCAGCAUAACGAACUCAAAAAGCAUGCUGAAACGCUUAACGAGACCAAGCACGAAAAACAGCUUAAGGAAGAACAGAAAAUCUUAGAAAAUAUUUCAGAAAGGAAAGCUUUAAUGGCAGCAGCAGAGCUGGCUAAGGGUAUAAAAUAUGAAAAAUCUUUAAGAACUAGCUGGCAGCCUCCAGGAUAUCUACAGAGGUUAUCAGAAGGGGCUCGAGAUCGUUUGCGAAAGAAAUGGCAUAUAAUUGUAGAAGGUGCUGACGUUCCACCCCCUGUAAAAACGUUCAAGGAAAUGAAAUUUCCCAAGUCAAUUAUUCAUUCACUAAAAAAACAAGGCAUCACUCAUCCUACUCCAAUUCAAAUACAGGGCAUUCCAGCUGUCUUAUUUGGCCGGGAUAUGAUUGGCAUUGCUUUUACCGGAUCCGGAAAGACAUUAGUCUUUACACUCCCGCUAAUCAUGUUUGCUUUAGAGCAGGAAACUGGCUUACCAUUCGUCCGGAACGAGGGCCCUUACGGGCUAAUCAUGUGUCCGUCGAGAGAACUAGCAAGACAAACCUAUAAUACUAUCAAACGUUUUUGCCAAGCAUUGACUGCGGAUGGGCAUCCCGAGAUAAGGACAAUGUUGUGUAUUGGGGGUAUUUCAAUGAAAGAACAGACAGAUGCUAUGAGGAGGGGUGUUCACAUCGCUGUUGCAACCCCAGGAAGAUUGAUGGACAUGUUAGAUAAAAAGUAUUUGUCGUUAGAUAUAUGCAGGUACUUGGCAAUAGACGAAGCCGAUAGAAUGAUUGACAUGGGCUUUGAAGAGGAUAUGCGUACAGUUUUUUCGUAUUUUAAGGCUCAGAGACAGACACUUCUUUUUAGUGCUACUAUGCCAAAAAAGAUUCAAAACUUUGCUAAAAGUGCACUUGUUCGACCAGUUACUGUAAAUGUCGGACGAGCUGGAGCUGCUAACCUGGAUGUGAUACAGGAGGUAGAAUAUGUUAAGCAAGAAGCGAAAAUAGUCUAUUUAUUAGAAUGUCUCCAAAAGACAGGCCCUCCUGUUCUAAUUUUUGCGGAAAAAAAGAAAGAUGUUGACGACAUCCACGAAUACCUCUUAUUAAAAGGUGUAGAGGCUGUAGCUAUUCAUGGUGGAAAAGACCAAGAAGAACGAGAGUUUGCUAUUACAUCAUUCAAAUUGUCCAAAAAAGACGUCUUAAUUGCAACAGAUGUAGCUUCCAAAGGGCUAGAUUUUCCCGACGUAAAGCACGUUAUUAAUUAUGAUAUGCCUGAAGAUAUAGAAAAUUACGUUCAUCGAAUUGGUCGAACGGGUCGCUGCGGGAAAACCGGACUUGCAACUACUUUUAUAAACAAAUCUUCGUCGGAAUACGUUUUAUUAGAUUUGAAGCAUCUACUAAUUGAGGCAAAGCAGAAGUUACCUCCAUUUUUAUUAACUCUACAAGCAGCCGAUGACGCCUGGUUGGAGAUCGGAGAUACGCAAGGAUGCAGCUAUUGCGGUGGACUUGGUCAUCGCAUAACCGAAUGCCCAAAGCUGGAAGCUAUGCAAACAAGGCAGGUCGAAAGCAUCGGUCGCAAAGACUAUUUAGCUAAUUCUGCUGCGGAUUGGUAA